AUGGAUAACUCCAAACCCUCCCCCUCCGAGGCCCCAGUGCCUCCCCCGGCCAUCACUACCACAACCCCUUCCACUCCGCCCACAGCCUCUUUCUCCCUCCCACCUCCGGCCCCGACACCAACCCCAUCACCGGCCGGCGCGUCCCUAAACCCAGGCCCGCUCGCUCCCAAAACCUCCUACACAUCCAUACAAACAACAACGGAGUCCCUCCCGCCAAGCGCCGGGGUCUCCCAGAAACCAUCAUAUGCCUCCCUCGCCUCGACAAAGGGACUCGUGGGGGCUGCGGCCCCGAUAGCUGGAGCCAGUGGGACAACUGCCGCAGUGAAGCCUACCUUGGCGGAUUUACCUGAGAGUCCCAGGUCGCCCAGUUCGUUGAAGAAGUGGGGCGCGAUAUUCAAGGGACCUCAGAGCGCUUCUCAGUCUCAGGCUAGUGUUGCGCCCGCGGGAUCGGCUGGUUCUGGGGCUGGAAUAGCUGCCGCUGCGCCAGCGGUGGCAGUCGGUCCUGGGAAGGUGGAUGAGAAGGUUGUCGCAAAACCGGCCGAGACUAAGAAGGCGCCGACAAAGGUGGAUGAGUAUAAGAAGCGGUUCUUUACUUUUUGGCUCGGCUUCCGAAUGAACUCCCUCCGCAUCUCCGCCAACCUCCGCCUCACCUACCUCACCUCGGUCCUCCCACAACCCAUCUCCAUGCUCGAUGCUUUACCGGCAGGCCGUAUGACAGCUAUCCUCACCAACACAGCCAACACCGUCCAGCUCGGCAUUGGCGAAAAGCUUGGUUCCCUAGUAACGGCCCUAUCUCUUGUCAUAAUCGCCCUUACUAUCGCCUUGUCCCACAGUUGGAAGUUGACUUUAGUGUCCGCUAGCGGAUUGGUCGUGAUUGCCAUCACGUAUGGGACUACGAUGCCGUUCAUGAUUCGGAAGCUGAAGAGCGUCGAGGAGUCGGAUAUGGCCGCUUCGAGUAUAGCGGGGGAGGCGCUAAACUCGGUCAGGAUGGUGGCGGCUUGCGGUGCUGAAGCGAAGAUGGCGGAGAGGUAUGCCGGUUGGGUGAGGGAGUCGAGGAAGAGAGGAGCGGGGAUGGCAAAGAUUGUGGCUAUCCAGCAGGCUAUUGUCUUCUUUACGAUAUAUGCGACAUAUGCGCUUACCUUCUACUUCGCCAUCAAGAUGUAUCUCAACUUUGAGAUACCCAGCGUUGGAACCCUCGUCAUUGUCCUCAUGUGUACAAUGAUGAUCAUCGCCUCUGUCAGCGGCCUAGCUGCGCCCAUCUCGGCAGCAAUUAGAUCUUCAAUAGCCGCCAAAGCUCUCUUCAAUGGCAUCGACAUUCCCAAACCCCAUCUCGGAGGAAAGAAAGCCCCCGAAGUCUCGGCGAGGGGAGACAUCGUGCUCACCAACGUCAAUUUCACGUAUCCCGCGCGCCACGACAGGAAGGUUCUCAUCACAGUCAAUCUCAGGAUUCCUGCGGGCAAGACGACGGCCAUUGUUGGGCCUUCGGGGUCCGGGAAGAGUACGAUUGUGGGGCUAAUUGAGAGAUGGUAUGAGCUUGAUGGGGACUGGAAGACGAACUUAAAGACGUACUACUUCCGAAACGGAAGGAUAACUUGCGGAGGUGUCGACCUGAAAGAAAUGGACCUCCGAUGGUGGCGAUCGCAAAUCGGGCUCGUCCAGCAGGAGCCCUUCCUCUUUAACGACACCAUCCAAAAGAACAUCGAGUACGGUCUCGUCGGAACAAUUUGGGAAGACGCACCUCAAGAGAAGAAAACCACCCUCGUGAAGAAAGCCUGUCGUGAAGCCUUUGCCGAUGAGUUCAUCUCUCGGCUGCCAGAGGGCUUUCAAACUCAAGUGGGAGACGGCGGCAUCAAACUAAGCGGUGGCCAACGCCAACGCCUUGCCAUCGCCCGUGCCCUCAUCCGUAGCCCUAAAAUCCUCAUCCUCGACGAAGCGACGAGCGCAAUCGAUGUGCGCAGUGAACAAAUCGUCCAAGCGGCACUCGAACGGGCAUCCCAAGGCCGCACGACCAUCACUAUCGCCCACCGUCUCUCAACGGUGCGCAAGGCCGACAACAUCGUCGUCUUGGCCAAGGGCAAGGUCGUGCAGCAGGGCACGCAUGAGCAGUUAAUGGCCCAAGUUGGCGGUGCUUAUUGGAAGCUUGCGACGGCGCAGAAGAUGAAUCUUGGGGAGGAUGAGGAUGAGGAGGAUAAGUAUAAGUGGGUGAGGAGUUUGGAGAGGGUCAGUUUGGCGGAGAUGCUGAUUCUGGGGGAUAAGCACAAGAGCAUGGAUCUUAUGGAGUCGGAUGCGACAACUACUAGCGGCGAGACCAAGGAUGGGGGUGAAGGGGAGUAUGUGCCCAAGGGAUUCUUCGGCAGCUUUGGUACCUUGAUUGUUGAGCAGGGUAAGAAGUGGCCUUGGUAUACGGCUCUGCUUUUCGGGGCUCUCAUUGCGGGAGCUUGCACUCCGAUUCAGGCUUUCCUCUUUGCCAAUGCACUCACCGGAUUCUACCUCUGGGGGGAAGCUCUCCGAGCCCACAUCAACUUCUGGUGUCUCAUGUUUACAGCCCUAGCAGGCGCUGUUGGGCUCGGCUAUUGCAUCCUAGGCGGAUCGGCGACAACUCUCGCCUUUAAAAUCACGGCAACUUACCGCAAAGAAUAUUUCAAAAACAUAAUCUCAAAACCAAUCUCCUUCUUCGACACCGACGACCACUCCCCCGGCGCCCUAACCGCCCUCAUCGCCACAGAUCCCUCCCAACUCCAACAGCUCCUCGGCACAAACAUGGGCUUCGCUCUCAUCUCCGUCCUCGCCGUAACGGGCUGCAUCAUCCUUUCCUUCUACUUCGGCUGGAAACUCGCCCUUGCCGCCCUCGGAGGCUCCCUGCCCCUUGUCCUCGCAGCCGGUUUCUACCGCAUCCGGUACGAGUCGAAGUUUGAAAAGACCAACAGGACGGUGUUUGGAGAGAGUGCGAGGUUUUCGACCGAGGCUGUUGGGGCGGCAAGGACGGUGACGGCGUUUACGAUGGAGGAGGGGAUUUUGGAUCGGUAUGAGGAUUUGCUAAAUAGGCAUUUGGAUAAGGCGUGGCACAAGGCAAAGUAUUCGACAUUAGUGUUUGCGGCGAGUGAUGGGAUGCAGCUCUUGUGCAUGGCCUUCAUGCUUUGGUAUGGCGGAAAGCUCCUCGCUGAAGGCGAGUACGUAACCUUCCAGUAUCUCGUCGUCUACAUCGCGGUCAUGCAAGGCGGCAUGGCUGCGGGACAAUGGCUCAGCUACGCGCCUAAUAUCGCACAGGCCACAGCAGCCGCGAAUCGCAUCCUUGCCUCAAGACCCCCGAGACAGGGGACCGUCGAGAAACAAGUCUCCCGGAAGGGCAAGGAUGAGGACAAGAGUUUCGAGGCGGGCGUGGAUAGUGACUCGCAGAGGGGCGUGAGGGUUGAGUUUUUAAACGUCUGGUUCCGGUAUCCCACUAGAGAUGCGCCUGUUCUCAAUGGCCUUAAUCUUACUAUAAAACAAGGGCAAUUUGCUGCUAUCGUAGGGGCUUCCGGAGCCGGGAAAACGAGCAUCGUCUCUCUCCUCGAAAGAUUCUACUCGGUCAACGCCGGUGCCAUAUACCUCAACGACACCGACAUCUCCACCAUCCCCCUCCAAACCUACCGCCAAAGCAUCUCCCUCGUCGCCCAAGAAUCCAACCUCUUCAGCGGCACCAUCCGCGAAAACAUCCUCGCAGGCGUCCCCGACCCGUCCACCAUCUCCGAAUCCACUCUCCACGAAGUCUGCACCUCCGUCGAGAUGCACGACUUCAUCAUCUCCCUCCCCGAAGGCUACGAGACGCGCGUCGGCCAAAAGGGCGUCCUGCUCUCGGGCGGGCAGAGGCAGCGCAUCGCCAUCGCGCGGGCUCUCGUCCGCCGGCCGAAGCUUUUGCUGCUGGAUGAGGCGACGGCGAGUUUGGACUCUGAGGUGGAGAGGGCGAUUCAGAAGGUGUUUGAGAGGAUGAAGGGGGCGAGGACGAUGGUUGUUGUCGCGCAUAGGUUGGCGACGGUGCAGAAUGCUGAUGUUAUCUUCGUGCUCAGUGAGGGUCAGGUUGUUGAGAGGGGGACGCAUGUGGAGUUGCUGGCUAUGAGGGGCGCGUAUCACCGGAUGUGCAUCGCGCAAGCUUUGGACCGAUAG